UCGCUUCCAGUGUGAAGAACAAAAAUUUAUUUCGUUUUAUUUAAACUAGUGCCGUGUAUUUUGUAAAUACUAAAGUAAAUAAAAAAAAAGUGUUUGAACAAAAUUUAUUAAUAAUUUAUUAAGAAAAUAAAAAGAUAUAUAGACACAUAUUUCUUUAACAAAUAAAAGUUCUGAAAUAAACAAAGGAAGUUCGUUUUAACAACAUGAGUCCACCAGCAUUAUUAAGCAAAGAUUUGCCGGACAUUGAGAAUCUUUUAAGUUUAAAUCCCCGAGUGAAAACUAAAUGUACCGUGGUGCCAACUACUGAAACCAAAGUAAAUAAGAAGCAUUGGAAACGUAAUACAGAUCGCAGUUGUGCUUCUGGUCCCAAACUCAACAAUGACUUUGAGGACAUUAAGCACACAACUCUCUCGGAAAGAGCUGCCCUUAAAGAAGCCGCCAGAUGUCUGAAAUGUGCGGAUGCUCCCUGUCAAAAAUCCUGUCCUACUCAAUUGGAUAUUAAGAGUUUUAUUACAAGUAUUUCCAACAAAAACUACUAUGGUUCCGCCAAAGCCAUCUUUUCCGAUAAUCCAUUGGGUCUGACCUGUGGCAUGGUGUGUCCCACUAGUGAUUUGUGUGUGGGUGGUUGUAAUCUUCAGGCUUCCGAAGAGGGACCCAUUAACAUUGGCGGUUUGCAGCAAUAUGCCACCGAAGUCUUUAAGCAAAUGGGUGUUAGGCAAAUUGUGCCACCCGGCAUAAAGGCUCCCAAGCAAUUGGAAAAGAAAAUAGCCUUGUUGGGUGGUGGCCCAGCUUCUUUGUCCUGCGCCACAUUUUUGGGACGUUUGGGUUAUAAAAAUAUAACCAUUUAUGAAAAGCGUACCUAUUUGGGUGGUUUGAGUUCUUCCGAAAUUCCCCAGUAUAGAUUGCCUGUAGAUGUGGUCAAUUUUGAAAUACAACUUGUUAAAGAUUUGGGUGUCAAGAUUGAAACAAAUAGAGCGCUUUCAACUAAGGAUUUGACUGUUAAGCAUCUUCUUUCCACCGAUCAUGUGGUCUACUUGGGCAUUGGUUUGCCAGAACCUAAAGUAAAUCCCAUCUUUAAAGAUUUAGAUGAAUCUAUGGGUUUUUAUACCUCCAAGAGUUUCCUACCUAAGGUAGCUAAUGGCUCCAAGCCAGGACUUUGUGCUUGCAAGGCUAACCAAGCUUUACCUCAACUGUUUGGCAAUGUUAUUGUCCUGGGUGCUGGUGAUACUGCUUUCGAUUGUGCCACUUCUGCUCUGAGAUGUGGUGCAAAACGUGUAUUUGUGGUGUUCCGCAAAGGUUCCUCUGGAAUACGUGCCGUACCCGAAGAAGUCGAACUGGCUAGAGAAGAGAAAUGUGAAUUUCUACCUUAUCUCUCACCACGCAAGGUGUUGGUAAAGGAUAACAAGAUUACCGGCAUGGAAUUCUGUCGUACCGAACAGGAUGAAAAUGAUCAAUGGCUAGAAGAUGAAGAACAAACUACUAAAUUGAAGGCCAACUUUGUUAUAUCGGCUUUUGGCUCUGGUCUCUAUGACUCGGAGGUAAUAGAAGCCAUGGCACCUGUAGAGUUGGACAGGUGGAGUAUGCCCAAACUUAAUUCCAAGACUUUGCAAACUUCUGUACCUCAAGUAUUUUGUGGUGGAGAUUUGGCUGGCUCCGCUGACACUACUGUGGAAUCGGUAAAUGAUGGUAAAAUUGCAGCCUGGAGUAUUCAUUGUCAUUUGGAAGGUUUGCCUUUGGACACACCCGCUGAGUUGCCUUUAUUCCAUACUGAUAUUGAUAACGUUGAUAUUUCGGUGGAGAUGUGUGGCAUUAAGUUUGAAAAUCCCUUUGGUUUGGCCUCAGCUCCACCCACUACAAGUGCUGCCAUGAUAAGAAGAGCUUUCGAACAAGGCUGGGGUUUCGUGGUCACAAAAACAUUUGGUCUAGACAAGGAUUUGGUAACAAAUGUAUCACCUCGUAUCGUCAGAGGUACUACAUCUGGUUAUAACUAUGGGCCGCAACAAGGAUCCUUCUUAAACAUCGAACUGAUCUCCGAAAAGAAGCCAGAAUAUUGGUUCCGUGCCAUAUCGGAGUUAAAGAGAGAUUUCCCAACCAAAAUUGUAAUUGCCAGCAUAAUGUGUCAAUAUAAUGAAGACGAUUGGACUGAAAUGGCUACCAAAGCCGAAGCUUGUGGUUCAGAUGCUUUGGAAUUGAAUUUAUCUUGUCCCCAUGGUAUGGGUGAAUCUGGCAUGGGUUUGGCCUGUGGUCAAGAUCCAGUUUUAGUUGAAAACAUAUCCAAAUGGGUGCGUAAAGCUGUGAAAAUUCCCUUCUUUGUCAAACUCACUCCAAAUAUCACUGAUAUUGUGGGUAUUGCUAUGGCAGCCAAAAAAGGCAAUGCAGAUGGUGUAUCGGCUAUUAAUACCGUACAAGGUUUGAUGAGCCUCAAGGCUGAUGCCAGUCCUUGGCCAGCUAUUGGUGCUGAGAAGAAAACCACUUAUGGUGGUGUAUCUGGCAAUGCCACACGGCCCAUGGCCUUAAGAGCUAUUUCAUCCAUAGCCAACAAGUUGCCUGGUUUCCCCAUCUUGGGCAUUGGUGGCAUUGACUCGGGUGAAGUUGCUUUGCAAUUUUUACAAGCUGGUGCUACAAUUUUACAAGUUUGCUCUUCGGUUCAAAAUCAAGAUUUCACUUUAAUCGAGGAUUAUUGUACAAGUCUGAAGGCUUUGCUAUAUCUUAAAGCCAAUCCUCCACCAAAUAACGCCGCCUUCUGGGAUGGACAGUCGCCACCAACACCUAAACAUCAAAAGGGCAAACCCGUAAUGCAUUUAACUGGUGAAGGCAAUAAGCCUUUAGGUUUCUUUGGCCCUUAUUUGAAAGAAAGAGAAGAAAAACUUGCAAAAUUGCGUGAAGAAAAGGGACCUAUAUGGAAGAUUGAUGGUAGUGAUGAUGAUGCCGAUAUGAUGCCUCAAACUAAUGGUGGUCACGUAACACAAGCAGCUCCUAAAGUUAAGGAUAUAAUUGGACGUGCAUUGCCUCAUAUUGGUACAUAUAAGAAUUUGGAUAAUAAACAACAAAAAGUUGCUUUGAUUGAUGAUGAUUUGUGCAUCAAUUGUGGCAAGUGUUAUAUGACUUGUGCCGAUUCCGGUUAUCAAGCUAUUGAAUUUGAUCCGGUUACGCAUAUUCCACAUAUAAACGAUGACUGUACCGGUUGUACUCUCUGUGUAUCCGUAUGCCCCAUUAUCGAUUGUAUCACAAUGGUACCAAAAACCAUUCCACAUGUUGUCAAGCGUGGUCUAGGAGAAGAGAAACACUUCUAUACUCAUGCUCUGAGUCCAGUGCAAUAAAAUAAUUAUAUGCAAUUUUAAGAAAAACAAAAUGAUAUGUAUAUUAGUAGUCAAAUACAAAUAAAUGUUUGUGUAAUUAAUAACGGAA